GAAAAGAGUUCCAAAACUCUUUUCUGUACAUGGUGACCCUUCGAUUAUCGAACCAAGCUUCAUCUCAUCAUACAGUCGAAAACAAUCAGAAUGCACAUCGGACUGGCGAGGAGCCAUAUCCGACAUGUUCUCGAGGAAGUCGACGAGCUGAGCGAUGAGCAACAGAUUCAAGAGAUGUCCGCAGACGAUGUCUAUGUUGAAGUAGAAAGGAUUGUGGACGUGUCACACAGGAUCAAUGUGGAGAUUGUAAAAAUACAAAAACCAGAGGAGGCUGUUAAUAGACUUCACGGCAGCCGCCGCGAUAGGGUUUCCGGCGGUUGUCGUGACAGAAUCCUGCUCAAUUGAAAAGUGUGGAUCCUCAGACAUCAACGAUGACAUUCCGGAACUUUCACCAAUGCCAAAGGAAUGACCAGGAUUUAUGUGGCACUGAUGCACUAUUAUGAUUGUGGUAUUACCCAAAAAUUAACCCUAUCAAUGAAAAGAAGUGUGAUUAGUGAACUCAGAAGGAAAAAAAAUGUUUACAAUGAUUUAAAUAUGCCCGGACACGACGGAUGACUUGAAGCAACUCGGAAACGGACACAGCGAGUUUUUAGGAUUUUGAGCUGGGAACAACCGGAACUUGGCUAGCAGUUUCAAAAGAAAUAAUUUUAUUUUUCAAUUCGAUAACUACUUAAACUAUGAAAUUAUUCAACUU